AUGAAAAAGUGCCGCACCUCCGGAGUUGUUUGUCCAAGACGCCUUUCUAUAAAACUGAACCGUUAUCGGCAAAAUCCGUUUGAAUUUCUUAUUCGCACCAUGAUACACCGCUUGUUGUUUUGGUGCUUAAGUCUUGGCACUUUUUUCUUUAUUCAAACUGUAUAUUCUAAAAAGAUUAACUUCGACAAAGCUUACAAAAGUGUAAUGUAUGCAAGUUUUCUGAAAGCCGAGUUCAACUAUAGUUCAUUUUUAAAAAGGGCGGAUCAUACUGCUGAGCGAUACGUUCCGUUUCAAGAUACCAGCAACGACACUUUUUUCAAAAUAGGAAUCCUUCAUAAAAGUCAAUUAGAGAAUUACACAAAAAUCAGAAUGGAGGAUCAAUUAGGAUCGCUGAAAAAUAAACCUUGGAUGCCAGUAAACGAAAUUCGAGAGGAAUUUGCAAAUUGUGCAUUAUUGAAGUUUGGCUCAUUCAGCGAACAUGAUUUUAAGUAUGACAAAGGAAUGUACGGAUGGAUGAACAUCAUGAAAUUUUCAUGUGCUUUCGUCGAUGAUCAAUUCUUGGUUUUUGCGAUGGCGUUCACAAGAACUAGAUUCCGUCUGAAACAAGUGAUAUUAAAAAGACAGAAUACACACUGGGCAACAUCUGGGCGUAGUCUGAUAACAAGAGACGUUCAAAAAAUAACAGAAGUAUUCACAAUCAGAUUCGCACUUUUUGUUAAUGAGAAAAUAGAAGACGAGUUUCGUAAACAUCAGGUUUCUUUGAAAAGUGUCGAUGGAAACCCAAUGCUUCUCAAAAAUGAGACCUUCGAGGAACUUGCAGUGGCUUAUGGCCGUCUCCGAAAGCAUAUCAAACUGUCAGAUAGCCGAGGGCACACAUUUAGCACUCUGGCAUUUGGUAUAAAGUCACGUAUCAUGAUGACAUCACCUAGCAAUGCUCCACAAGCAGUGGAAGCAAUUUCCGAUGAGUUGAGUGAUGCGCCUCUGAAAGUAUUAGAUACAUGUCAUAAAGAUAUAUGUACAUAUGAUCAUAUGAAAAACGGCACUUUCAAUCCAAAAACAGAAACUAUCACAUAUGCCAAGGAGAACGCAUUCAUACAUACUGUUCACCCAAGAUACUCUGUAAUUGCUUAUCAAAAGUCAAAACCAUAUUUUACAUUCGAAACUAUGAAAAGGAAAACAGCAACAGGAAUCAUCGAUAUCAAGCAGAAUUUGGACACUAAAGCCAAAAACCUCUGGUCUUCUCUUUUGGAUCAACAAUUCACAUUAGCCAUUCACGUCCACAACCAAGAAUUAUUCCCAUUCGACAAGUUUUUCAUGACUCUAGAUCAGAGGGAUUGA